AUGCAUUGGACAAAUCUCCUCCCUCUCCUAACUCUUGCCCACUCGCCGGCGGCCUCAGCUCUCAGCGCCGCCCGAGUAUGGGCCAACUUCUCUCCCCAGUGCCCAGCCGACGACCACACCUCUUACCCAGAUGAUCCCAAUCUCAGCUUGCACGAAGAAUUCACAACAGCCGUCGACGUGGUCGCCGGGAAAUGCCAGGAAGUUCCGGUUCCUCUUCGAUACACCAUGGAGGUAGAUCACGUCUCUAUUGACGCAGAGCUCUUCUGGCAGGACAGCCUAGACCAAUGUACUAUUGCUGUGCACGAAUUGCCAGGCUGUACCGAACCGCCACUUAUACAGAAGGAGAUCGGACAUGGGAAAGCACUCAGUGAGUGUGAAGAGCGGAACUUUGCCACGUUCACUCAGGUUUGGGUCAAGUUAGAGUGUGAGAAGAUGAAGCCGGUUCCUCAUGGCAUAGCUUCUUGCACCAAGCCCUACAGUGCGACUGGUGUGUCCCACAGCAGUAUGUGGAAGAAGAUAUUGGAAAAAUAA